AUGAGCCCCAAGAAGGGCGAAACCGGUCGUGGGCUAUCGAAGAGUUUUCAGCAACCUUCUCACCGAAUUUCACUGUCCAUUGAAGCAAUCAAGUCUCUGGCGGAAAAGUCUGGUGGAAUAAUUUCCCAGCAUCGCUGGGAUCCCGGGAUGCCUAAACGGGGCUCAAAACCCCUAGAAGGAAGCACGAGGACUGAGAUACUGCCAGGUUGCCCAAGCCUAGACAGCAGAAGUCCAGAGGCAGGGGUCGGGUUCGAACCACGGACCUUCCGGUCAAUGAAUUCACGCUCUAACCGCUGA